UUUAAGUUUGGUAUUUUAGAGAAAUUAAAUGCUGGGGAAGUGCUUGUUGGAGAUGGUGGAAUGACACAUGCUUUAGAGAAGCGUGGAUAUGUGAAAGCAGGGCCUUAUACUCCAGAGUGUACAGUGGAAUAUCCAGAUGCAGUUAGACAACUUCAUCGGGAGUUUGUGCGAGCAGGAGCUGAUGUUAUUCAGGCCUUUACCUUCUCAAUGGAUGAUGAUAUGGGCAGCUCUGAAGCUAAACAUGGGGCCAUAAAAAUAAACCAGGCAGCAUGUGACCUUGCCAAAAGUGUCGCUCAGGAGGGAGGAGUAUUUUUCGCUGGAUCCGUCUGUCAGACAGCUUCUCUGUAUUCACAAGGUGCUGGAAAAGAAAUUGUAACGAAGAAAUUUAGGGAGCAAAUUCAGAUAUUCAUUCAGAACGAUGUUGAUCUAAUUAUAGCUGAGUUCUUUGCGAACGUAGAAGAGGCUGAGUGGGCAGUAGAAGUAAUGAAGUCCACAGGGAAACCAACAGCAGUAACCUUAUGCAUUGGACCUGAUGGCGACAGUUGUGAUGUUCCUCCGGGAGAAUGUGCUGUUAGACUCGCGAGGGCAGGCCUUGUGGUUUCAGGGGCUGAUAUAAUUGGAGUCAACUGUCGCUUUGACUCAAACAUCACUCUAAUGACCAUUGGUUUAAUGAAAGACGCGUUGGAUAAAGAAGGCCUCAAGCCUCAUCUAAUGGCUCAACCAGCUGGUUACCAUACCCCUGAUGCUGACCGUAUGGGAUCUGCUCAUCUGCCAGAGUCACCGUUUGCUUUGGAAGCUCGAGUUGUAACUCGCUGGGAUGUACAUAAAUACGCUCGGCAGGCCUAUGACAUGGGAGUGAGAUUCAUUGGUGGCUGUUGUGGUUUUGAGCCCUAUCAUAUCCGGGCCAUUGCGGAAGAGUUGGCUCCUGAAAGAGGCAAGUUACCAGCCGCAAGCGACAAGCACAGUCCUUGGGGAGAGGCUCUUAAACACCACUCACAACCAGAGAUUCGAGCGAGAGCCAGUAGAGCCUACUGGGAAAAUUUAAAACCAGCCAGCGGACGGCCGAAUUGCCCGGCAUUGAGUGGACCUGGAAGACUGGGUUUAUUUCAGUGAGAAUGUAUGGUUAAUGAUAAAAACGUUACAAAGGAAAAAAAAAAUGGAAAUCGUAUUUUACUUGUUGGUUAACCAAUCGUUUAGUAUCAAGGUUAAACAGGUGUGGUCAUUACCAAAGCGACAAAGGUUAAUUGUAUAAAAUACCAAAUGCUUGCGCUUUGACAGAUCAGUACUCCAUACUAUCAAGGUUUACAUAAAGGUGCAAAACGUGAAACACGACGCACUUGAAAGUGGAUCGACAUAACGUAAUACGUUAAGGGGGAAUAAGCUAAAAUGAACGCAAUUGUUAUCUUAUCUUAGUUAUCAAGCUAAGUGACGAGACAUCGAGGUCAGAUAUUAAUGUAUGAUCUUGUUUAUGAGGUCGCAACAAAAGGACGUCGUUUUGUAUGAAUAAGAAUGAAUGCAUAAAUUUUUUAAGCCUAACACCUCAACUUGCUGAUUGAUGUUUUUAGCACUAUUUUUUUAAUUAUUGCACCAAUUAAAAGU